CAGCACCAGCAGCCCGGGGAGGGCGGGGGAAUGGGCAGCAUCUCCCCCGCUUCUCCCUUCACUGCAGCAGGAGGGAGAUGCUGCUCAGGGCUGCCUCUCCACGCCUCUUUAGCAGCAGGGCUGCCCGCAGGAUCUCACUCGGAGAUCCUGGCUGAUGUUGGUCUUCAUACGACACUUCUGCCCUUCUGGUGCACAUCCACGUCCCUGGGGAAAAAUGUGUUGGAUGGUGGUGUAUACAUGCAGUGGGGCUGCUGCCAUGGAGUCAUUCAUCUGUGUGUCUAAAUAGAGUCAAGCUAUGCAUCCCUCUAGGAUUUAUUUUGGGUAGAUCUGUAGGGAGAAUGCUAUGGAAUUCAGAAAUAUGGGGUGUGUGUAUCUGUAUUUUUACACACCCACUUAAAAUGGGUGGUUUUUAAAUUGUUUUAAGUUUUUGUAUAUAUUUUAACUUGUUUUUUGCUAUUAUUAACCACCCAGAGACGAAAGCUUGGGGCGGUGUACAAAUUUGGUAGAUAAAUAAAUAAAUAAGCAAAUAGUGUGUGUGUAUAUGUUUCUAUCAGGUGGUCUAUAUCACCUGAUAUAGACAAAUAUAUAUUUAUAUUUCUGAAUUCCAUAACACUCUCCCUACAUAUAUACCCAAAAUAAACUAUUUUUAUUUAUAUCUCAUAUAUUCGCCCUUAUAAAAUGUAUCUUAUGUAUGCAUGCCAAAAGUGAGAAUGCUAGGAAAUGCAUGUGUAUAUAUUAUUUAAAAUUAGAAGUGUAUCUUUAUGACAUUUGUGUUUAUAUAUGUAUGCAUGUGUUGAAGAUGUUAUGAAAUUCAUCUAUAUUUGAAGUAUGUCUCAUAGGUUUGUUUUGUUGUAAACUGCCCAGAGACAGAAGUUUGGGGUGGUGUCCAAAUAUAAUAUGCACGCAUCCUUACAUAAUUUAUUUUGAACAGUAAGGAAACUGCUCCUCUCAUGCAUGCACUUGUAUUUGUAUUCUAUUCUUUAUACAUCUAUACAUCUUUAUACAAUAUUUUAUAUGGUGAGGAUGCCGUAAAACUCAUAUAUAAUCUCAUUAUAUUAUGAGUGUGUGUGUAUAAACUAUUCACUUAUGAAUAAUGCAAAUAUCUUUACUGUUCUUAAUUUUAUAUGUAUUUCAUUUUGUUACCUGCUUUUGGGUGUUCAUUGCAAGCAGAAUCUAAUGGAAUACUAGUGCUCUUAAAUAUGUGUAUGCACAUAUACGUGUAAAAGUGGAGAGAAAGAUACGUAGGCUGACAUCCAGCCUAAUGUUCUGUGUGCCAAAACACAUCUUGUGUGCAUGAGAGAUGGGUAAUUUUCUCCAGUCCCUUUGGCUUUGUGUGCUUGUGGCUCCCAGAUAUAUAUGCCCAAGGGUCCUAUAACUCAGUAACCUAGCUUCCAGAGACACAGUGGGCUGUAGUGGUUUCCUGCUCUCUGAGAAGGAGGUUGAAGACCCCUAAGGGCACUUUCGACCCUAAAGUUCUAUGAUUCUGUGCAAAAGGAAGGGGAGAUUGUUUUUCAGUGCACACAGCAUUAGUCUGGAUGUCAGCCAUUGAAUUUAUUAAUGUUUAAUUUAUAUUCCAAUUCUUCAGGUUAAAAUCGGUUUUAAAACCACUUAAACACAAAUACAAAAGCAUUUAAAAAGAGCAUCAGGAAAAACAUUUAAAAUAACCAGCAGAAAACCACAUCAUUUUUUUUAAAAAGUGCAGUGGUUAGCAGAGUGGGAAAGGGCUCUUGCAUUUUUUGCCAAAGUGCCUCCCGCCUUGAAAAAUAGUGGAGAUCUCUGGUAUAUGCCAUCACUGUUCAGGCUGCGGGGGUGGAUAAUUACUGUUGGGGUGUGGUGUGGAAAAGAUGAAGCACGAAGCAGGUCUGGAUGCAGGUCUGGAUGCGGGUGUUUGGGUUAGGCUUUGUGGAGGGGUGAGGGUGGGGGGGCGGGGCGGGCCCCAGAGAGCAGCUUGUCUUGUCUGAGUGUUGGCAGCCUACUAAAUGGUGUCUGUAUUGAGUGGAGAGCGCGGAUUCGGAGUCUGCAUUUGUGGUGUCUCUGUGUGUGUCUGACAAGCAGCACAUCAGUGGCUGGUGAGGAAGUUGGGCUAAGGGUUCGGGAAGCAGCAUCCAGCAUGGGCCGUAGCCCCUUUGGGCAGGCACUAGGAUGCUGAGAAGGCAGGAAAAAAAACAGGAACUGGGGGUCAGGAAGGGUUCCUGUGCAGUGUGAGUAGUAUGCAGAGGGAAACCAAAUGGUCAAGCUGGAAUGUUUUCACAUAUAAAGGCAGACUGGCAAACUCUGAGUCAGUCUAGGUUUGGUUGGAUUUUGGGCGGAUCUCCUCUACUUCUAGCCCCUUGUUCUUCCUCCCCAGCCAGAAUGAAGCCCACAUAUGUGCAACUGCAUUAAACCCCCUUCACUCUUGGCUCUCUCCCCUUCCCAUGGCUAGCAUUCUGGUUGUAAGCUCCUUCCGGCAGGGGCCAAAGUCAAAGGGGUAGUGGCGGGCGGGGGAGAGAGAAGAAUCCUUGGCCAAGGCAUGCUUUUGUCCAUAAUCCAUCGUUAACCAGAUUUCUGCCAAGGAAUUGACUCCUCUUGUUCAUUACAGAAGACGGUUGUGUUGUAUUUUCUGCCCAUGUGCUUGUCAAUGAUGGAAAUUUCAGAGAGAGACACAGGCGAUUUUUAAAGCAGCAAAUGGAACUCCAUACAAGUAUUACCUGCAUACCAGAAUGAUGCUGUUAAUUAAAAAAAAUAGUAUCAAUUUAUUGUUCAUUAACAAAGCAGAAAUAUAAUGGACAAGAUGUUUGGGCUUCUUCAGUUGCUUUGAUGUUAUAGGAAACUGUUAUUUCUGAUAACAUGGGAGCAGCUGAAGACGGCAGAAGCCGAAACAUCUUGCCGGUUAUAUUUCUGCUUUGUUAAUCACUAGCAUAUUUAGAUGAUAGAUAGUGCUUUGGUUUGAGCCUAUGGCUAUACAGUGUUUUUCUCGCUGUAAAGCACCAUGUACACUCAGGACACUGUGCAAUUAGUAUUGUAAUAGGAAUAUUAUUAUCAGCUUCACACAAAUCGGAGAGGGGAUCGUCCAGUGAAUGACCCCUUGAGACAAACCUUUAGAUCUCUGAGCUGCCACAGACUCUCUUCCUAGUUUAUUUUCUCGGAGGAGGACACAGAGACAUAAUCAGUUCUACCAGAUGGAAAUACUUCUUCAAAGCUGCUGAAUUCUGAGAGGAAGUUCACUUUUUCUCCAUCCCCACCUUACUGCUUACUCGGGUCUGAAGUCUUGUAAAUGACAGAUGAAAUGGUAGGAAUGGUAUUGGAAAUCUAUCCCUUCAGACUGCAUGUUGAGGGUUUGCGUGAGAGUGAAUCCUCCUUCAAGGGAAAAAACAAACCAUUCCUACAGGGCAUCCCCCCAACCCCAGGUCAACCAUGUCUAGAGGAAGGCUGGGCUGCAGUUCCCCUCCUAGUAUCUAUCUGUGUGCAGGGAUUUUUUAUUUUUUUGUUUCUUUUUGAGAAUCAUUCAGUCCUAUGAGCUCCCACCUGCAGUUUGAAGCGAUCCAGUCCAGACAGAAGUUGACUUCUUCAUGUGCUUUUUCCCGCGUACGCAGAAUGAAGAUGGAGAAGUAUCUGUUGUGGUUGAAAAUGACCAUUACAUGGAGGACUUCUUUCAACAGGUGGAAGAAGUUAGAAAGUAUAUAACCAAAAUAACAGAUAUAUUGGAAGAAGUGAAGAAGAAGCACAGCGUUAUUCUUUCCGCCACGCAUCCUAAAGACAAAACCAAGGAAGAGCUUGAAGAACUGAAUAAAGAAAUCAGGAAAACGGCAAAUACAGUUCGUGCUAAAUUGAAAGUCAUGGAACAAAGUUUCACUCGGGAUGAGAAUGUUAAUCGGACAUCGGCGGAUGUCAGGAUUCGAAAAACGCAGCACUUGGUAUUGACCCGCAAGUUCGUGGAGGUCAUGACGACAUACAAUGGAACCCAGACCCUCUUUCGAGAACGCACCAAAGAUCAGAUACGGCGGCAGCUAGAAAUAACUGGAAAAGGCACAACUGACGAAGAACUGGAAGAGAUGUUAGAAAGCGGCAAUCUUUCUAUUUUCACUUCUGACAUCAUUCUGGACACCAAAAUUACUAGACAAGCUCUAGAUGAAAUUGAGUCUCGACACAAAGACAUCAUAAAACUGGAAUCCAGUAUACAAGAGCUGCAUGAAAUGUUCAUGGACAUGGCCAUGUUGGUUGAAGUUCAGGGCGAAAUGGUCAACAGCAUAGAGAAGAAUGUGAUGAAUGCAGUCGAUUAUGUAGAACAUGCAAAAGAAGAGACCAAAAAAGCAGUUAAAUACCAAAGCAAAGCUCGCAGGAAAAAAUGGAUAAUUCUCAUUAUAGUGCUGGUGGUGCUUGCCAUAAUUGCUAUAAUAAUUGGCUUGUCGGUCGGGAUUCGGUGAUGCUCAGAUAACUUCAGCGUGCACCUUGCUCUGUUGCCGUGGCAAAAUUGAUGUUCAUAAUAAUAUGUGUAACUGUCCUGCUUGUAAUCAUUGGGAUUGUCCUAGCAGCAACCUUCUCCUAGCACAUUCCAAAAGUUCCGAAGCUUCUGAAUCGUAUGUGCAGGGAAACCAACCAGCCUAGACCUCGUAAGGUGCCUCAUCUUGCCAUAAUGAGAUUUUUCUCUUUUCAGGACUGGCCAAUUGCUAGCUCUUUCAAUGGCCAGUAAAACAUAACUGUUUCAAUACCUGCAAGUUGGAACCAACAUUGUAACUGAUGUCACUUUUCUUCCUCCAAACAACAGACAGCUGCAAAGCCUGUCAUAUGGACUUAGAAGCUGCUGAAUUUUUUCUGUACUAACUAUUUUGGUGAUGAAUUCUAUCUUUUGGUAUGUUGGCGACUAGGAUAAUUCAUUAUCCAGAACCAAUGAGCUUUUGCAAUGUGAAUUUUCCCAUUAUUACAUCAUCUUAUUAACAUAAUAGUUUAAUCUUGUUUAAAAUUAAAGCAGCUGGUUCUCAUAUCUAACUGCAGCCUUAAGUGCACUUACUUUGGAGGCAAGUUCUGCUGAAAGCAGCAAUUCUACUUUACAGGUAAAUGUGGUUGAAGAUGGAGAUGUGAAGUGGCUUCUUGUUUGUCUCCAGCUUUAAUGUUAAAAAUAAUUUGUCUUUAAGAUGUGGGAUUUUAAAAUUGUGCGUAAAUACCAAUAAGUAAUUUUUAAAAGAAAAAUUGAGGAGAGUUGUGUAGCUUUCAGAUAGCUUCAGUGCAACCAAGUAGCAGUUAAAGUGCCUUUUUUCUCUGUAGUGACCUCAUACUAUUUUUUAAGGCUUAAACACUAUUAUGAAUAUUGUACCUCUGCUUCUCAUACAACACUAUUCUUUUUUCAGAGGAUCCACCCUGCUGUGAAGUUGACUAUGCCAUUCUGUUUGCCUGCCCCCCUUUUCUGAUUAGUUUUAGAAAAUGCUUACAGGGCUCCAGGUUUCUAGAGAUGAAUGGGAAGUGCACACUUACACCCUGAUCCGAAGCUUCAUAUAGUUCUCUGCAGUGUACACAUAGACCUCCAGCACAUAUAGGCUUCCCAAUUAACUUUAAUAGAAGAGGAGGAUUUAUACACAAAUUUUGGGGGGAGUGUCCUCCAUUGGAGUAAAUGAAAAAGCCAUUAUGUGUGAAGCAGCUUCAAAUAUCUCUUGGCGGAGGGGACCCCCAUUGCCCUACAAAGGACCGCUGGGUCAGAGUUCUGUUCUCUCACACAGCUCUCAUUGAUCUUGGUGGGGCUCAUGCCUGUGGCUGAUUUGGCGCAGUCUGCUAACAGAGAAAUGUGAUGAAGCAAAGAGAUGGGCAUUUUAGAGCAUGUGGCUUGGAUCUGGAACACACUUAAGCUGUGGUGCAGAUCAGGAGUCCCAACUUGCCAACUGGAUCUGUGUCGUCAUGCUGAUUGUCGUGCAGUGAGCUCCGACUUCCUUUUCACCAAGGAGCAAAAAUCAAGGUUUUGCUCAAAUGUCCGCUUGGUCUUUGAUGGAUAGGCAGGUAUUAGGCAGAAGUAGGUAUUCUUGUUAAUCCAGACGCGCGUGUGUGUGCGUGUGUGUCUUUUGUCUUAAGUAAAAACACUGACUUUGUUGGGGGAUUUGCAUGCUGUGAAUGCUUGUAACAUGAAUGAAGUGUUUUAAAGGCAAAGACUCUGAUCCAAAGAAAAUUGGUUCCACUGAAAGGCAGGGGACUUCACACACUAACUUCCCCUGGGUUUGGGUCAAAGGUGUGCAGCUAUUAGCAAGUUCUAAGCAUUUCAGAAGCAACACAAGCAGUUGAAUUUUACGUUGCUGGUAAUAUUUUAUAUCGUGGUGUUCCUAUGUAAAAUAUGUGUAACUAUAUUUUGAUUACUUAUUGUUUAUAUUAAUGUAGAUAUUUAUGCUAGAAGUGAAAUAAAUAAUGGAUGCCUUUUUAAAAAAAAA